AUGUCAACCACUCCUAGUUCUUCGGUUUCUGAAUGGAAGCAACUCAGACUUUCUCUUGAACGGCCAUAUAAAGACGAUGUCGGUAAUCGUAUUCCUGUGCUGUACGAUCUCACACCUGAAGGCGAGCGGAUAUAUGAACCAAAAGAGACGCCCUCAGCCAGAUUAGAGCAUAACCUUCGAAGAAUAUUUCAGGAACGAGGGUCCGACUUCUUUGAGCGCAGAGGUAAUCUCGCGAAAGUAGAGGGAGAGCAAGGCCUUCCCGGAGAAUCUAUCCAGAGCGGACCUAAUGAAGGAGCCCCGUCAUCAAAAAUUAUGACGGUGGAAGAGUUGUACGCGAUGAGAAUGGAAAUUAUGCCUCAACUAUACAUUGCUUUGGGAGAGAUGUCUCACGCCAGGGAUCUACUGAAUUCGAUCCUAUCUUCGCCGCAACCAGCUGUGCAGGAACCACAGGCGGAACCAUUGAAAUUACUUUCGGGGACGUUGGUGACAAAGCCUGCCCCCAUUGUCUCUGUUCAAACCUUCAAUGCCCAAUUGAUUAUCGGGAGUAAGGACGAAGCGUUGCGAAAGGCCGCGAGCCUUUUCAAAUCUUCGGCAGAGAGCAUGGAGCGUAGCAGGCUUAAGGGCGACAAGUAUUGGGUAGACGCCCUGAGAAUUAGGCGUGCAAACUGGGCUUUGACACCGGCCCCACUUCCUUACGGCUCUCCUACCGGAAAAGGUGCGGAUAAAACGUCAAAGGAUUUUCUAAUUUCCUACGGACUAGAAGGAUCACCCACAUUGUUCAGACGACGCGCAAUUGCCCAAUUAACAACAUUAGAUGGCUCCUCUCCUGACCUUGUAUUUCCCUUCCAUCAAAGGACACGUUUGCGAAUCACGACCUCGGCGACCAGGACAGCUGUCCCGGAAAUAUGUGUCUUUGAUUCAGUCAGGAAUCACGACACUUCAAAUCUCGACGAUGCCCUGCGAGUCGCCCAGGCAGAGGUAGUUGAUCAAGAAAUAUUCCAGCUUCUUGUCAAAGAAGCCGGAAACCUUCCAACUGCCUCAGCCCAGGUCUCGGAGAGGUUAAUCGUUAUCGGCGCCGCGCAGGAUUUGGAUCUCACUUUUGAAUUGGUGAAGUUGACAGUGCAGGAGGGGGUCAUCCGGCCACUUCUAGUUCAAGCAGUGGAGAAAACGUCUGUGAACUGA